UCUUCCUCUGGAACCUGAACCUGGUCAUGGGCGCCGGCGUGGUCCUGCUGAAGGUUCUGCUGCUGGGAGGAACGGUUCUGCUGGGAAGCAGCUCCGCACAGAGGAUCAGAGUCCGUCGUCAGAACAUGAGGGUCCGCAUCAACGCCACGGGCGACACCAUCGUGAUGAAGUUCCUGCGGCCCAGCCCGGACGUGAAGCUGGAAGGUUACAUCCUCGGCUACGGCAGCAGCAUGUUCUCCAAGCAGUUCAUCACGCUGCCGGAGGACGGGACGCCCUACACGACUGAGCUGGACGCAGAACCAAAGUACCUGGUGGCGGUUCAGCCCAUCCCGGUCAACGACGUCAAGAAGCACUGCACAGGGAAGGUGAACCUGGAGAAGCCGCUCCACCUGGUGAUCGGUUCCGUCGGGCCGUCGGCCGUUCUGCUGUCCUGGGGAAACAGCCUGAAGACGCCGUACGAGGGAAACGUGAUGAACGAGUGUCUGGAGGACGGGUUCUACACCAUCCGCUACCGGGAGAGGAACAGGAAGUGGAUCUACCAGACGUGCCCGACCAGCGACACCGUCAUCGACAACCUGAAGCCCAACACGCCGUACGAGUUCGGAGUCCGAUCCAACAAGGACGAGCGGAGCAGCAGCUGGAGCAAAUCGGUGGUGCACAGCACCAACAUGGACAAUAAAAACGUUGACAAGACGCACAAGCUGCACAAUCCUCUGAACAAGCCGCUGAAACCUGCUGCGUUCUUCCCUCCUCGACCAGCGCUGCACAACAACUCCAGGCCCCGGUUCCCCUCGCUGAACAAAAACACAGGAUUCUCCGGGUCAUCGCCGCGCACUUCCUUCGUUUCCCCCCAGAGUCAGCAGGAAACUCUCCCUCUUCCCGGCUCGUCUGAGCCCGUUUUCCCCCGCGAGUCCAUCGAACUAGGAAACAGUGUUAAACUCGACCCUCGACCGGACCGUCCGACUGCCGUCCUCCCCAAACUCCGGUCCAGCUCCGCCCCUCAGACCUCCACCCCCCCCUCUAAACUCCCGGCCAAUGGCGGCCCACUUCCUGUCCAGCCCACCAAGACCCCCAGUAGACCUGAGAGACCUGAGAACCCUGAGAAAUCUGCCGCCGUCGUCAGAACCCAGGACGGCUCUUCGCCGCUGCUGCGCUCAGCGCUGGCCAAUGAGAGGGCUAACGCUAAUCCCCGAGCUAGCCCCUGGGGUCACGGCAGCGUCAGAAACCUGCCCCUGCGGCCUCAUUACCCAGCAGCCCCGGCGGUGGCCACGCCCUCCAGAACCGGAGCCAGAAACCCCUUACUUUCCUUCUCUAGCGGACUUAGACCCGCCCACCCGUCCUCUAGAUCCGCUAGCUCCAACCCGAGCUCCGGGAAACUCGGGGCCAACGGCCAGCCGUUCCGGGGAAUUUCCCCUCCGAGACCAGCGUUAUGGUCCCGACCGCGACUGGCCAACAGCUCUCUGGACGGCAGGAAGUUUCCUGGCGCCUUCGGCCGCCUGAGUCCCGGUCAGGACCGGUUCUACGGAUCCCCGGCUCGUCCCUCCAUCAACAACAGACCCAACCUGGUUGGGAAACCCGGAGAAACGGAUAAAAUAAACCUCUUCAAACCUUCAGACAAGCUGGACAUUCUGAAACUCAAAGUUCCUGCAGCGACGACGAAGCCGACCAAACAGGAGAGGAGGAGGAUGUUCCCGGCUCUGCCGACCACACCAGCGACUCGGCAGGAGAGCUGGGAGGAAUCGGAUCUGUUUAAGGCUCAGCCGAGCUCCGACGUGGACGCCAUGGGGAAGAAACGCUACGUAGCCCCCCACGUGGUCUACCAGACGGGGAAGCAGCCCGAUGAGCCGUGCUCCAUCACCUCGUCCCUCAACUACUUCCCCGAGGACGAGCCGGGCGAGGCUAACGUCACGUCUCCGCCCAGAAACGCCCCUUCCAACCUGACGGUGGUGACGGUGGAGGGAUGUCCGUCCUUCAUCAUCCUGGACUGGGAGAAGACCGACAACGACACCACCGAGUACGAGGUCAUUUCCACGGCUAAAGGACCAGAUGGAGAACAGGUUUCCAUCCUCAUCACCAACCAGACGCACACGGCCGUGGAGAACCUGAAACCUGAGAGCAGCUAUGAGUUCAAGGUUCUUCCCAAGAAUGAUCUGGGUUCUGGUCCUCUCAGCGACCCGGUUUCCUUCAACACAGAAUCUGCCGAUCCGCGGGUCAGCGAGAACGUUUCAGGAAAAGACGCGAUCUGGACUCAGUUCCCGUUCAAGACGGACUCGUACUCCGACUGUCACGGGAAGCAGUUCGUCAAGAGAACCUGGUACCGCAAGUUCGUAGGAGUUCAGCUGUGCAACUCUCUACGGUACAAGAUCUACCUGAGCGACACGCUCACCGGUAAAUUCUACAACAUCGGGGACCAGAGCGGCUUCGGUGAAGAUCACUGUCAGUUCGUGGACUCGUUUCUGGACGGACGGACCGGCCGACAGCUCAGCGGAGACCAGCUGCCCUCCAGAGCCGGGUUCUACCGGGCGCUGCGUCAGGAGCCUGUCAACUUCGGCCAGAUCGGAGGACGUUCCCACGUCAGCUACGUGUCCUGGUACGAGUGCGGAACCCCCAUCCCCGGGAAGUGGUAGACGUGGAGGCCGCUAACGAUGCUAACGAGGCUAACGAGCCCCGCCUCCCUCCUCUCAUCCCAGAACUGUAAAAACAUUAGUCGUCAGGGAAGCGACGGUAAAGUUAUAGCUACCGUCGCGCCUCAACGAGGCUACAGUGAUGAACAAACUCACGCUAGAUCUGUUUUAUUUUGUGUUAAGAUAAUGGGAAGCUGGCUCCCUGGAUUACUAUUUUCAUAACGUGUGAGAUGUUUAUUUAUCAAAGGUCUUAGGUUAUUCUUUAUUCAUGAGGACCAAAGGGGAUUCUGGGGGAUUUUGGGGGUUUGUUUGUUUCCAUUUAGGCUGAUUUAUACUCUCGAUCAGUCAAAGGAACUUUUAUCAGAGAUCGAUGCUAACGUCCAUGUUCUCAGCCGGCAGCUGAACCAGAACAAACGCUACACUGCACAAUCUUUCACAUAGUUUCGUAUUUCUAACUCACAAAAGCUCUGCUAACUCUGCUAAUUCUGCUAACUCUGCUAUCUCUGCUAACUCUGCUAACUCUGCAGCAAAAUGGCAGUUAAUAUUAGCUCGUUAGCAGGAUACGUUGAAACUAGGGCUAGGGCCAUACUUUUUUAAUCGCGAUUAAUCGCAUGUUGUCCGAGUCCCGUAGCUUUAGCUUUAGCCACGGUUUUGGGUGACGUGUGUAAAACUCGUCUACACUUGCAGUUUGCACAGCAGAAAUGCAUUUCUAUGUUUAUGGAGAAAAUGUACUUGUUCACCUUCCAUGACCAUAGAAAACAGUUUUCCUUCAUUUUCUCGCUUCACGCUGAAGCACGAAUAACGAAACCGCAGAAAUACAGCAAAAUACAGCAAAAUAC